AUGCCUCUUUUUGAGAGAGGAAAAAAGCCAGAGGCUUCCUUCAAUACCUUGGUUUUGGGUUAUCACAGGAUCAAUAUCAAAUAUUGGGUAAUCAUGCUUCGUUCUCAUAACAAAUGGGCAGUCAUUGCCAUAUGCUUAAUUAUGGGGUGCUUAAUUGCUCUCUCUGGUCUUUAUGUUAUAGAGACAGCAAGGGUUAAACUCAAAUCUUACAAACGUGAUGUUUCUCGUAAGGCCAAUUCAAAUCCUCUGGAACGCAUAUAUUUAGCGAUAAGAAACAUUUAUUUGUAUUUAACAACCCACAAAGUUAUCUUAACACUGGUCGCUGUUCCCAUCGUUUUUGCAAUUUCUGUUCCUUUCAUCGGAAAAGAGACGCCUCCUAAACGGGCUAAAGGCAGCUGGAAUGUAUCAUCUGUAGGUGCUAGAUGCGGCUUUCUAGCAACCGCUCUUUACGUUAUAUCCUAUUUUUUCAGUCUAAAAAAUAAUCCAUUUGCUUUGAUGCUUUUCACCUCACAUGAAAAGAUGAAUUAUGUCCAUCGUCGCUUAUCUCAAUUCGCCAUUAUGCUUGGUGUUAUACACGGUUUUAUCUACAUUGGUAUAGAUGCUCAUAGAGGCAGUGUUUUAGUAAGGCCUGUAUUCAAAUGGGGAUAUGGUAUUCUGGGAUUAAUGGUUGUGAUGAUUAUCAGUGCCCUACCGUUUUUCCGACGCAGGUUUUAUGAAUGGUUCUUUAUUCUUCAUCAUGCGUGUAGCAUUGGCUUUAUAAUAUGUAUAUACUUUCAUCAUCGGCGAUGCAUUCCUUAUAUGAAGGCAGCUAUUGCUUGUUAUGUAUUCGAUCGUGGAUGUAGAAUGCUGCGAAGCUUCAUCAAUAGAGCCAAUUUUGAAGUGAGUAUUAUAGAAGACGGCGUUAUUUAUCUGCGCGGAAAAAAACCCAAAGUCUCUUUUUUUUCUUUGCCGUGGUCUUCAGGAAAUCACGUUUAUAUCAACAUUCCUCGGUUUAGUUUCUGGCAGAUUCACCCCUUCACGCUUGCUAGCUGUCCUUCGGACGAAUAUAUAGAGCUUUUAGUUGCCGUUCGAAAAGGAUUUACUCAUCGGUUGGCCAACCAUUUGAGUUCCAUAAAGAUUACGGCAAGUGACGAAAACGAAAAAGCUAAGUCAAAUACCAAUGCUGAUGUCGUUGUUUCUGAAUUAACGCCUGGCCAGGAAUCAUCUAGCGUCAAUAGUCAAACUUUUUAUGAAUCUGAUACUGCAGUAGCAGCUAAGAAAAUGACUGUCCUACUGGAUGGACCUUACGGACCAGUUUCAAACCCCUUUAGGAAUUAUUCUUAUGUUUUUCUCGCUGCUGGCGGUGUCGGCAUUACUUAUACCUUACCUAUAUUAAGGGAUCUCCUUAUGAAGCCUGGUAAUACGGUUCAUCUCACUUUCGUGUGGUCUAGUAGAUCAUUAAAGUUACUUAGGCUCUUUCAGAGAACUUUAGAAGAUUCUUUAAAUCAAAGUCAGGUCUGUGUCCAUAUGUACUGUCAUCUGACCGCAAGCUAUCCGGUGAAAGAGCAAUUAUUGUCUCAGUCGAAUGGUUCAAAUAUGAUUCAGUAUUGUGAUGGAAAACCUAAUCUAGAAAAACAUAUAAAGGACUACCUUGAUUUAUCUUAUACUAAAACUAGUGCAAUAACUGCAUGCGGAUCUGGUACUUUUUUGAAGAGUUUGAAAAAGGACUUGGUUUCCCAGCAAAGAUGGGAUACCGAUCUUUUCCAGCAUUAUGAAGAAAUUUGA